AAAAUAUCUUCACACUCAACUUAAGUGAUCAAACAUGGCAUUCAAAUUCGUAGUAUUUGCCGCUUUCGUGGCCGUAGCCCGUGCCGGUGGCUUGGUAGCCCCAGCUUACAGCAGCUAUGCUGCUCCAGCUGUAGUAUCCCACGGAUACGCCGCCCCAGCUUACGCUCACGCCGCCCCAGUAGUAGCCAAAUACUCUGCUGCUCCAGCUGUAGCCACCUCUUACUCUUCCAUCGCCCACUCCGCUCCAGUAGUAGCCAAAUACGCCGCCGCUCCAGUCUACACUCAAUCCUACGCUGCCCCAGCUUACUCUCACGGAUACGCCGCCCCCGCCGUAGCCACCUACGCCGCUCCAAUCGCCAAAGUAGCAUACGCUCCAGUCCAAAAGACCAUCGUCGCUGAAGCUCCAGCCAACUACGACUUUGGUUACUCUGUAAACGACCCACACACCGGAGACAGCAAAUCUGCCCAAGAAACCCGUCACGGAGACUCCGUACAAGGAUCUUACUCCCUCAUCGACGCUGAUGGCACCAAGAGAACCGUAGAAUACACCGCUGACGAACACAACGGAUUCAACGCCGUAGUACACAAAGAACCAGCUCAAGUAGCCGUCAAAGCUAUCCAAAAAGUAGCCGUAGCCGCUCCAGUAGCUCACUACGCUCAUGCCGCUCCAGUAGCUCACUACGCUCAAGCCGCUCCAGUAGCUCACUACGCUCAGGCCGCUCCAGUAGCUCACUACGCUCACGCCGCUCCAGUAGCUCACUACGCUCACGCUGCUCCAGUAGUAGCCAAAUACUCUGCCGCCCCAGCCGUAGCUACCUCCUACUCUUCCAUUGCUCACGCCGCACCAGUAGCUCACUACGCCGCCGCCCCAGCCUACGCGCAAUCCUACGCUGCCCCAGCCGCUCACUCUUACUACCACUAAGUCUUAACUUAGUUAGGCAAUGUAAUGAAUGUCAUAGGUUAUUAAUUUAUUGAAUAAAUGUUAUUCUUUUAAAAUACAAAUUUG